AUGUUUCGAAUUUUUGUUGCGAUUGUAAUACUUUUCGUGUUGAUCAACGCGAAAUUGUUAAGAAUUCCGUUGCAUAAGAUAAAUUUUACUCGAAGAUCGAUUGGCAUCGAUCAUCGACAGAGUCGUUCAGCUUUUCAUGCUGUAAGAGAAAGUCUGAUUAAUGAUAUGGAUUUUGAAUAUUAUGGCAUUAUCACAAUUGGUACUCCACCGCAGGAGUUUAAAAUGCUCUUCACAACUAGUUCUUCAUAUUUUUGGGUACCAUCUAUAAAUUGCGAGGAUUUAUCUACUUACCUGUAUAAUAAAUAUGAUAGCUCUAAAUCAAGCACGUACAUACAAGAUGAUACUUCAGUGGAUAUUGAAUAUGAUCAUGGUGAUCUGUCCGGAUACUUAUCUGGUGAUAUAGUGAAUAUUGGUGGUCUUAAUGUUCCACAUCAAAUAUUUGUGGAAGCGACAAGAAUAGAGAGAUAUACCUCUCAUUUAGCGAAUUACGAUGGUAUCUUGGGAAUGUGUUACCCCUUAAGAACUACUGAAGGAAUAAUGCCUUUUCUUACCAACAUGUUUCAACAAGACCUAUUGUCGAGACCCGUUUUUAGUUUCUAUUUAAAGGGAUAUUCCUCGCUGAUUGAUAGUGAAUUGAUAAUUGGUGGUUCAGACCCCUAUCUUUACGAUGGCGAGCUUACGUAUGUUAGCGUUACCAACGAAGGAUACUGGCACUUUAACAUGGAUCAGAUUUAUAUGGGACGUAGCAAAAUAUGCUUCUAUAACUGUGAACAAGCUAUCGCUGAUAUGAGCAUUUCCUGGAUAAUUGGACCGACAAUGCAAAUCGAAGCUAUUAACAGAUACAUAGGACUUCAAAUUAAUGGAGAAACAAUUGUAAACUGCAACAAGAUUUAUGAUUUGCCCAGUAUCUACUUCGUCAUAAGUGGUAAACCAUUCAAACUCAGUAGUGUAGAUUAUAUUAUUAAGUUCAAACAAUAUAAUGAUACGACAUGUAUGAGUGUCUUUAAGGACACAGUUUUGUAUGAGGACAAUCCGAUGUGGAUUUUGGGUAAUCCAUUUCUUCGUCAGUACUAUACGGAGUUCGAUAUGGAGAACAAUCGAGUGGGAUUUGCCCCUGCAAAAUAA